CUGUUUAGCACGGUGACUUACCCGGAAUCUUGGGGAAGAGGAUUUUGCGCGCACUCACAUGGGUUUAGCCGCUUGACCUUCGAGUUUUGGCCAACGCAGGAGCCUUUCUUUUGUCAAGUUUGUAAUUUUAUAUAGAAGGGUUAGAACACAAGCAUAAAAAUGGACCUGUUGACCGUACUUGAGAAGACAACAUCGCCGGAUACCCAUGAGCUUGAAACUGCGCAGCGUUUUCUGGAACAGGCAGCACAACAAAAUCUUCCAGAGCUUAUGAAACAGCUGUCAGACAUCUUAAAUCAUGGAGGCAACAGUCCUGUGUCACGCAUGCAAGCCGGUCUACAGUUGAAAAACGCCAUCUAUUCCAAAGACAUUACCAUCAGAACUUUGCACCAGCAGAGGUGGCUACAAUUUCCUGAUGAAAUUAGAAGCCACAUCAAGCAAAAUGUGCUGGACAGUCUUGGAACUGAAAGUUUAAGGCCCAGUUCUGCUGCCCAGUGUGUUGCAUGCAUUGCAUGUGCUGAACUGCCACAUGGCUUAUGGCCAGAACUCAUCUCCUGUCUUCUUCGAAAUGUCACAAAUCCCUCUUCAACUGAGAUGAUGAAGGAAUCAACACUAGAAGCCAUAGGCUAUAUUUGCCAGGAUAUUGAACCAGAAAUUUUGCAGCCCCAGAGCAAUGAAAUUCUUACAGCUAUUGUGCAUGGCAUGAAAAAAGAGGAACCUAGCAACCAUGUGCGACUUGCUGCCACAAAUGCACUUCUGAAUUCGUUAGAGUUUACAAAACCCAACUUUGAUAAAGAGACAGAGAGGCACUUUAUCAUGCAGGUUGUUUGUGAAGCAACCCAGUCAUCAGACACGCGGGUGCGUGUAGCAGCAUUACAGUGUCUGGUGAAAAUUAUGUCUCUCUUUUACCAGUACAUGAAACACUAUAUGGGACCUGCUUUGUUUGCAAUUACAAUUGAAGCAAUUGAAAGUGAUGUAGAUGAAAUUGCCCUCCAGGGUAUAGAAUUUUGGUCAACAGUCUGUGAUGAAGAGGUGGAUCUAGCCAUAGAGCUCUCAGAGUUUGAUGUGCAGGCAGCAGAGCAAGGCAGACCCCCUGAAAGAACCAGCAUGUUUUAUGCCAAGGGUGCUUUGCAGUAUUUAGUGCCACUCCUGCUUGGAACCCUCACAAAACAGGAAGAGUACGAUGAUGAUGACGAAUGGAACCCGUGCAAAGCAGCUGGUGUCUGCUUGAUGCUGAUGGCAACAUGCUGUGAAGAUGAUGUUGUACCAUUUGUUUUGCCUUUUGUCAAAGAUAAUAUUCGACAUGCUGACUGGCGUUUCAGGGAUGCUGCCGUCAUGGCAUUUGGCUCCAUUCUGGAAGGUCCUGACCCAGAGAAACUGAAGCCUAUAGUUGAGCAAGCUAUGCCAAUGCUGAUUGAACUGUUGAGUGAUGGCAGCGUCGUGGUUCGAGAUACAGCUGCUUGGACUGUUGGUCGUGUCUGUGAGAUGCUUCCAGAUGCCGUCAUCAAUGAGAACUGCCUUAACUCACUGCUGCUUGCCCUUACCAAAGGCCUCGAGGCAGAGCCACGUGUUGCCAGCAACAUUUGCUGGGCUUUCUCUAGUCUGGCAGAAGCUGCUUAUGAAAAUGCAGAGACUUCAGAUGAAAACUCAGAACCAAAUACUUACUGCUUGUCAAGUUAUUUUGAAACCAUUGUACAAAGACUGCUUGAAACCACAGAUAGGCAUGAUGGCAAUCAGCAUAACCUUCGAAAUGCUGCGUAUGAAGCUUUGAUGGAGCUGGUAAAAAAUAGUCCAAAGGAUUGUUAUGUGAUAGUACAAAAGACAACAGUGAUAAUCAUGGAAAGGCUGGAAAGAGUUCUUGGAAUGGAAUCUGCCAUACAGUCUACAAAUGAUCGUGUCCAGUUCAACGAUUUGCAGUCACUUCUCUGUGCCACACUACAGAGCGUGUUACGAAAGAUGACACCUGAAGAUGCCCCCAAGAUUUCUGAUCAGGUUAUGACAGCACUGCUGAGCAUGUUCCAAAACACUAGUGGAAAAGCUGGCAGUGUGCAAGAGGAUGCUUUAUUAGCAGUUUCGACUCUUGUGGAAGUGCUUGGAGACAAAUUUGAAAAAUAUCUUGAGGCUUUUAAACCAUACCUGCUUCUGGGGCUUAAGAAUUAUGCAGAAUAUCAGGUUUGCGUAGCUGCCGUUGGUCUUGUUGGAGAUCUUUGCCGAGCUUUGGGUAUCAAGGUACUGCCAUAUUGCAACGAGCUUAUGAUGAUGCUUCUUGAGAAUCUAGGGAAUGAAAAUGUACACCGGUCCGUGAAGCCACAGAUCUUGUCAGUUUUUGGAGACAUAGCUCUUGCCAUCGGACCUAACUUCAAGCCAUACCUUGAAGUAGUGCUUACAACUCUUCAGCAGGCCUCACAGGCCCAGGUGGAUAAGACAGACUAUGAUAUGAUUGACUACCUGAAUGAGCUGCGGGAAGGCUGUCUGGAAGCGUACACUGGCAUUGUGCAGGGCUUGAAAGGCGAUGGGGAGCACAUCAGCCAAGAUGUUGCUCUUCUUCAACCACAUGUUGCACACAUCAUUUCUUUCAUGGAGCACAUAAGUGUUGAUGAAGACAAGAGCGACAGUAAUGUUGCUGCUUGCUGUGGUUUGAUUGGUGACCUGUGCGCCUCCUUCUCUGUAUCCAUAUUGCCCAUGUUGGAGAAGGAAACAAUCCAGAGCCUUUUAACCCAGGGUCGACGUUCCAAGGUUCAAAAAGCCAAAACCCUGGCAACAUGGGCCACCAAGGAGAUUCGGAAACUGAAGAACACAUCUUGAUGUGACUUCGUCCAACAUUGCUGUGGACAGGCUUUCAUCAGUCCGCAAAGUGGACAUCAACAUCACAUACAGACAGACGAACAGACUUCAAAUCUACCUUGCGCCAAGGUCUCAGCCAAGUGGUCGAGUGUGGGAGCGAAAGAGUGUGAGUGGUGGUCGGCCAGUGCAGCACUGCUGGUCUUGAACAAUAACAGGACUGUCCCAUUUGUUGAGUGCCUCGUGUGCCAAGGCCAGCCACAGCCAGUGACUGCAUGUAUCCAGGGUGGAACAGUUGAAGUGAGAAUGUGAAUGCAAUGACUACAAUCUCCGCAGGAAAAAAACCCAAAGGUUCAUUUUGUGAUGUUUCCACUUGAGAAAGGAAACUGGCUUUCCCCAGCUUAGUACUUCUGCAACAUAACGGGUGUCCUAGAGCUUUUGUGAUCCAGAUGGCUACCUGUUCUGCAUUCUGUAGUUGUUGCCAGUAUCUACAGACAGGCAGGACCAGAUGUGCAUAUCCAUAUGGCCUUCUGGAAGUCACCUUCUGUCAUCAAGAUUCUCUGUUUGGAACAACGCAUACAUGCACCAAAUACUUGCAAGGCAGAUGGCUUUAUUCUCAAGUGAAUCCAGCACAGCUGUGAUGUGACAUGAUGUUCCAGACACUUUGCGCAAACCCUGCGCCCCAAGCUGUCAGAGAUAGCAGGUGCAUCAUUAAGUCUUUCCUCCAAAGUGCUAAAGCAGUGCAAUAUAGUGCACAAGAUUGGAGUUCACUGGCCCUCUCAGACUUUAUUUCCUGUGUCUCAAUUAGUGAUAAGUUUUUUUCCUGCCAUCCACAAUUCUGUAACCAUAAUCCUUUUGUACAAUAUGAAAUAAAUUUGUCCACUGCUCUUAGCUGAACUUUCUUAAUGGCAUUUCUGCUGAAAUCUUGUUUCUCAUUUACCCAGUGAGCAUUUAUAGAUACAUUUUUUUAUUUGAAGCACUUUGUUAUUCACUGUACUUAAUGACUUAAGAAUCAUUUUGUGGGUGAUUAGCAGGCAUUCCUUGUGUUUCUCACUCAGCGCCUUCCAUUACCGAAAUGCCCAAGGCAAAUCUCACUGGUUAAUUAGUUGGUUUUUUUUUGUAAUACAAAGCAUGUGUGGCAUUGUAACAAGACCAUGCAGUAUUAUCUGACAGCAAUCUAUCUUAGUUAUAAAUGGACAUGAAUUCCCCCUCUUCCCCUGCAACCCUUUUAAGGGCAACUUAAAAGCAUGUGGUAAGGGUGGGAAAUAUAGCAGGAAUAUUGUGGUGGUGCUGGUGGGAUACCCUUUAGGCGAAAAGUUGUUUCUAAAUGCCCAUGGCAUUGUUAAGGGUGUUAUUGAUUGCUCUGCCCUGGCUGGGGAGGCUGGCUGAGAGAUUGUGCGUGAAUUGGUGUGGAAGUGUCUUCCCUUUCGAAAGACAUGGACAAACAAACAACAGUACAAUUACACAAUUGAAAAUGUAGAAGUAUUGGACCUGUACUUUAAUAACUAUUGCAACAUCACAGCUGUAGACAAUGAAGAAAAUUAUCCAAUGGGCUCCAAAUUAAUUUUUUUUUUUAAGCGUUCUGUCAAUUGAGCUGACAGUAAAUAAAGCAGGUUGGCUAUAUUUGCUCAAUUGUGUGUGUUUAUGCUGAUUUUUAUAAAUUUGGAUUGUAUACCAAAAGCAAUGUUAAUGAUCAUUAAAAAUAUUUAUGGCUUGUAA